AUGCAAACCAAUCAACCCUUUCCUAUGAGACACUUUCACCCAUCCGAUAGACGGAGGUGUACAAGCUUCAGGGAGAUCGGAGUGCUUCCUUACACUGGCGAAUGGCUGACACAAGGAGGUCAGCUCAUCACCAGCUUAGAGGAGUACGACAGAUACACGUGUAAAGGACUCACUCAGGAACAUAAGAGAGCACUAGAGGACUGAGUGAGCUGUACAGAUGGCAACACUAGCUUGCGUGUACUACCAUACAAAAACUUAGAAUGUCACGUGUUCCAACGAGCUCCCAGUGAAGAGAACCCUGAGGGUACAGUUACAGUGUUUGAAUGCUGUACGAAUGCGUGAGACGACGAGUACACGCGAGUUACCCAGUACACCCAGCCUGCCAACCCAGGUGCCCAGUUCUUCCGGAGAUCCCUUAGUGUCUCUCACGAUGUCUUCAUCGAGAAUGGCAAGCCCCUAUACUCUUGUCGUACUGAGACCCUCUGAGAACUAAGCCACUGAUCCACGUUAUCUUUCACUCACUCCUCCAACAAGGGGCGCAGAUGACCUAAGAACAUACCAGGUCGAGUAGGAAGCAUCUAUGUGGAUACAAUGGACCUGACGAGGGGACAGACAGCAAGUAAGGACCUUAACAAGAUCAUCAGCGGAGUGUCGAUAGUACUCUCGAAGAGCCACCUCGAGACCAAGUACAGUACCUUAUCUCCGAUGACACCCAAGACUGACAAGACACUCUCAUACAGGGGGAACCAAGAGACCAAGCUAGAAGGGGAAGUCCUCUGCUCACGUCAGCAUAAGCCAACCGGGACACCCGUAGUACCUAACAGAUGCUAUGAUCCUAUACUGAGAGAGUCUCCUUGCACUUGAACAGCAUCAGUCUACACUCAGUUCAAGAGCUUAGGGUGCCUGUUUGGUCUCAUGAAGCACCUUAACGCUAAGGUCAAGAACUACAUGUCUCAACAUAAGACUGACUUCGAGUCAGUCCCUCCUCACCUCAAGGAGGACCUCAAGAACCUGGUUAAAGACAUCUCGGCCGACGUGCUGUACGAUGCCCUCCAACAGAUGUGACAUGGCAAGGCGAGAAGACAUGUCACACUCUACUGCCCCAACUUCCAGGAGAUAGCUCCGCUACUCCUCAUAGCUCUCAACAGGAUAGAGAGUUCGCCAGACUACGAUACAAAGGAUGUACGUCAGAUUCUAGGCGAGAUCUCUGUUCUUAGGUGCGAUGACGAGAUCCACUCCAUCAGCCUGAUAAGCAAGCUGAGCACCAUCGUCAUCAUAGGCUUUGAUACCAUGAUGAACAAGACAGUUGACGAUCUCUUCCCUAUGAUCCCUCCUCAAGUGAGAGACAGUGAGUCGUAUAGACCCGUCAACAUGCCAACUUACAAUGAGCUAGUGCCUGAAGGUAUGACAGAUCUAAGCUCUUGAAAGACUCCCACGCUGAAGGACUUCAAGCUGGAGUACUACACCUCCAAGCUCCCCAUGUCUUCUAACGAUAGAGCCAUCUUAGCAUACCACACCUAUCUGAUGAGAGAGAGUUCACGCCUCUAUCUCACGAUCCAGCACCUUACUCUGCUCAUCAAAGAGCAGACAGGUCUCUGACUCUCAGACUACGAUACCGCGGCAGCAUUGAGCGUCACGGAUCUUGUGAAGAACAACGACGUGAGCCUCCUGGGCCAGAUCGACACUUCUGAGAUCCUUCACCCUUACCUCUACGCGUCUAUACAGGAACCGUUGAGCUUCGUGUUACGUCCUCACUCCCCUAAAGGAGAACGAGUCUAUGUAUACCGAAGAGAUUGACCAACCCUCUCCAUGGCCACGUCCUGUCCACUGCCUGGUAGAACGGUAACGGAGACCGUCUACACAGAAGCACUAAGACUUACGGACCAAACCGUCACUGAGCUGGGACUAGGUCUAUACCUCGCUAAGGUAACAUGCUCAUCCGACACGCCGCAUCCUCUCGUAGGGGUACUCCCCAUAUCAACCGACAUAGGUUACGUCUACCCAAGCGCCUCAUGCGAGAACGGUACAAGAAGCUUCGAAGGUGUCUGAACCUCCAUGGAGCUAGAGCUUGCCUACCAAUGCGGCUAUCAAGUCCAGAUCAUUAGUGGACAUACAUUCUCUCCCAUCUCCCCCUCCGUUACCAACCAUCCCUUACGAGAGCACAUCACUAAGCUCGUAGAAGCAUACAAGAUGUCCUCCGAUAGCUUAGAAGCAAGCUUGAGCCAGUGAAGGCUCAACAACAUGCUAAAGGGACUAGGUGCCUGACUCGUCAAGACACGAUGAUUGUGAGACUCGGACCUCUACAGAAGGUUACGUCUCGAGUCUAGAACGGCUUCACAAGACUUUAACCCUAUAGGCGAUACAGGAGGCUUCACGCGAGAAGGUGGUUCUUCAAGGAAUCCCCUCUACUCUUACACCAAUGGAGCGUUGCCUGUCUUCAUGACAGCCUACGCCCGGGUACAGCUUAUCGAGAUCAUCCAAAGACUAGAGAGCCACGGCAUCAAGGUGUACUUCACUGACACUGACACUCUUGUCACCUCAGCACCACUGCCGAAUGACCUCGUGUCCGAGGAGCUCGGGAAGUUCCGACUCGAACUGGAGGCUGAAGGAGGAGCGGCCUUCAUCUCGCCUCAAGACUACGUCAUUAGAGUAGAUGACACACAUGCCAAGAUGGUAUCCCCUUCCCUCUCUUCGAGGUAUCCGGAGACCAACACCAUAGAGCCUAGUGAUGUCCUCAUGCCAGAUGACCAAGACCUCAUAGAGAAGAUGAUGAAGAUUGCCGUUGACCCACAAGAAUCUAAGUACCACGCUUUCAUUACCGGGAGUACGUCCGACAGCCUAGUCUAUCGUCCUCUCACACUGGAAGAGUUAGAGAGAGCAGGUAUGAAGAAGACAAGCUUCGACGAAGAAGCCUUGUAG